AUGAACAGUUCAAGGAAUGGACCAUUCAAUAAUAAAGAUAAAAACUUGGAUUUAAAAAUUAACUUAGCAAAUAAUAAAUCAAUAUCUCCAGAAUCAUUUUUAAAAAUGGAUGAUAAUGAAAGCAAUGAAUUAAUUCAUGGAUAUAAUUCUUUGGAUGAUUAUAAAUCAUCAGAUUUUUUGAAAUCGAGAAAAUUCAGUUUUAGUAGUGAUAUUAAUAAAGAUAAUUUCCAUAAUAAAGAAAGCAAUAAAAAUUCGAGUAAUUCUAAAAAAAAAAAUAAUAAUGAAUCAAUAACUGAAUUUAUUAACCAUAAACUUCAAGAUCACUUUGAAAAUAUUAACCAUUUUGAAAAGAUUAAAUUUUUAAUUUCUAGUAAUUUUGCUUUUGAAUGUAUUCGAAAAUUGAACACUCUUCCUCCAAUAAGGAUAUAUGAGCUUUGGAAAAGCACACCAAUGGAGAUCAAACAAGUAUUAUUCAAUACUUUUUUAAUAAUUUUAACAAAUCGUAUUAGAAUUUGGUCCAAUAUAGACACGAAACAAAAAGAUUACUUUAUUUUAUGGGGUUGUAAUUAUUUAAAUCAAAUAGGUGAUUAUUUAUCAAUACCAGAGAUAAUAAUAGAAAAAAUGAUUAAAAUAUACUAUUUAAAUGUAGAUGACCAAAAUUCAGAGAAUUUUUCAGAUUUAAAGCCAUUAAAAGACUGUUUGAUUGAAUAUUGUAAUAAUGAAUUACAACCAAAAGUCAAUAUUUUAUUUAAUGAAUAUAAUAAUAUCAAUAAUAAUGUUAGGUCAAAAAUGAUAAUAAAGCAGAAUAAAGAUUUAAAUGCUGAAUCAUUUUUAUUUCUAAGAAAUAAUAGUGCAUUUGAAGUUUUAUAUAAAGGUAGUGAGUGGAGUAUUAAUAAAAAUUCAAGAACUUGUUCAUUAAAUAAUAGAUUAUCCUUGGGAAUGACAGAUUUACCAUUAAAUUCCCCAAAUGAUUUCUAUAAUAACUUAAAAUUAUUUAAUAGUAAUAACAUCAAUUACAAGAAUAAUAUUAAUACGAAAGUAAAUGACCGUAGAAGAAAAACUUGGCACUCAGGUAUUAGUAAGCUGGAAUAUAUAUUAGAUGAACAAGCACCAAACUCCUUUUUAAUAAUUAUAUUAUCAUUUUUAAGACUUCAUGCAAUAGAUGGAAUAUUGAAUUCACGUACCUUGUCAAUUCUUCAAGAAAUAUAUCUUGUAUUAAACAAUAAUAACGAGUAUUAUAAAUCAUCAUUAUUAAUAUUUGAUUCACUUCAAAUGUUAACAUUUAAUGAUAUUAAGAAGACUGAGCUUAAAUGUGAUACCAAAAGUCUUGAAAAAGGUUGGAAUAAAUCAAUGAGAUAUUUAAAAGUAGCAGGUGCAACAAUUGUAGGUGGUGCUGUAUUGGCAGCAGCUACAACAAUUGCAGCUCCAGGUAUUAUUGCUGGUUUGGGCACAUUAGGAUUAGUAUUUCCUGGUAUUUUUGGAACAGCUGUUACUGCUGGAACAAGUGCUGCUACAAUAUCAGCAGUAGCUGGAGUAGGUGGAGCAGGACUUUCAGGAUGGAAAAUGAGUAGAAGGGAAUCUCCAUUACAAGUUUUUAGUUUUCAUCAAAUUGGAAAAAAUCAUGAUAAAUGCGGCCUUCUUCCAAUUUUAAUUGGUAUUAGUGGUUGGCUUAGGAAUAGUAACGAUAUAUUUGUACCGUGGGAGAUUGCUUUUAAUGGUGUUGAGUGGAUGGAAACUUAUGCUAUAGAAUUUGAACCUGAAGUAUUAUCUAAGUUAGGUAAUUCAAUAGCCGUAACCAUGUCACAAGAUCUUGCAAUCUUUGCUGGUAAAGCUAUUUUACUUCAAACUGUUGUCGGUACUUUAACAGCUGCUUUAUCUUGGCCCAUAACCAUUAUGCAAUAUGCAGCAACUCUUGAUAAUACUUGGUCAGUAUCAAGACAAAAAACUGAAAAAGCUGCAAUUAUUCUUGCAGAUGUUUUAUGUUCAAUAGAAAUUACAGGAAAUAGACCUAUUAAGCUUGUCGGCUAUAGUAUGGGUGCUAGACUUAUAUACUUAGCAUUACAAAUCAUGUAUGAUCGUAAACAAUUUAAUAAAAUUCAAGAUGUUGUAUUAUUAGGAUUACCAUCAUCUUUAAAUACUAAAAAUUGGAUUAAAGCCAGGUGUGUAGUUUCAAAUCGCUUGAUUAAUGUAUUUUCAAGGUCUGAUUGGGUUCUUGCAUUUUUUUACAGAUACAUGCAAUGGGGGUUCCAUGUUGCAGGUAUUUCACCUGUAAAUAUUGCUAGCAUUGAAAAUUAUGAUGUUACGGGAAUGAUUACUUCUCAUGAUCAAUAUCCUGACAAAAUUCGUGAAAUUUUAUAUUAUAUCAACUUUUUUUAG